UUAAAAAAACAAAAAAAAUAUAUAUCUUAGAAAAAAAUAAAAUAUGGCUAGGGCUACCACAUUAGCUAUUUUAGUUUUGUGUAUGACCCUCGUCGGUCAGUCAUAUGGUCAGCUGAAGCAAGGGUUCUACAAUGGAAGAUGUGGGACUAACAACGUCGAGAACAUUAUUUACAGCAUUGUUGCUAAUGCGUACCAAUAUGAUAAAACUCUUGUCGCAGCUCUUCUUCGAUUGCAGUUUCAUGAUUGCUUUGUUAGGGGAUGUGAUGCAUCCAUUUUGUUAGAUGUAAGCAACUCAGAGAAAACUGCAAUUCCAAAUGGUAGCGUUCGAGGUUAUGAACUUAUCGAUUCUUGCAAGACAAAAUUGGAGCAACUGUGUCCAGGAGUUGUCUCUUGCGCAGAUAUCAUUGUUAUAGCAACUAGAGCUUCAGUUCUGUUGGCUAAAGGAAGCUGGUACAACGUUGAAACCGGAAGAAGAGACGGAUUCAUUUCAAUUGCUGACGAAGCUCUAAAUAACCUUCCUGGACCAGCAAUCUCAGUUGCAGAUGCAGUAACGUCAUUUGGAAACAAAGGCUUGACUGCUGAUGAUUUUGUGCUCCUCUUAGGUGGUGGUCACAGUGUUGGAAUAAUUCAUUGUGUCCAUUUCUUAGACCGUCUUUAUAAUUACAAGAACAGUGGUCGAGCAGACCCAUCGAUGAACACAGCCACUCUAUCGUCCUUUAGACAAAGAUGCCCUAGCACUGGAUCAACCAACUUCGUUUACGCCGACCAAACUGUAGGAAGCGAAUUUCUGGUAGACAACGGUUUCUUCAAGGCAAUAGAACAACGCAAGGGUGUUAUCGAAAUUGAUCAACGUAUUGAAAGCGACACACUUACCGCCAAUACUGUUAACAGGCUGGCUUAUUCUACAGACUUUGCAUCCCAAUUUGGUGGUGCUAUGGUUAAACUUGGUAGGGUUGGAGUCCUUACUGGCAGUCAAGGCCAAGUCAGGAAGAGUUGUCGCCGUAACAAUUAUUAACUGGAGUAACACCUUCCAAAAUCUGAUCGAAUGGUGCAUCUUAAUUUGACGUUACUUGACUAUAUUCAAGCUCGAUUUUAUGCAUUUCUACUUUUCUUCCUCCAAUUGUCUUUGAUUUUAAUAUUUUGUUCUGGGGUAACAGAGUGUUUCAAGUAUAUUUGGGACUAUAACUUAAGUUCCAAUAAUUCGAUUUUUGUAUCAACAAAUGGCUAAAAGCCUAAUACAAUUAUGAAUGCAAGGUUUAGUUUUAUCAUAC